AUGGAUUCAGACAAUUCAGAUAAUAACGAUCAAGAAUUUUGGGCGUUGGUUGAAGAAGAAUUUAUGGACGACAAUGAUGAAGAACAACAACUUCAGAAUUCUGGGAGUUCUUCUAGGCGAAAGAGAAGAACAACUAUAGAUCGAGGUCGCGAAGAAGGGCACAAUCGAUUAUUUAAUGACUACUUCUCGGAAAACCCAGUAUACACAUAUGUUCAAUUCCGAAGAAGGUUCAGAAUGCAUAGGCAUGUAUUUCUUCGAAUUGUAGAUGCCCUUGGCAAUUAUGAUGAAUAUUUCCAAAUGAGGGUCGAUGCAACUGGUAAAAUGGGUCUUUCACCAUUACAGAAAUGUACAACUGAUAUUCGUAUGUUGGCGUAUGGGUCUCCUGCUGACCUUGUAGACGAAUAUGUUCGAAUCGGUGAAAGCACUUCAAUUGAGUGCUUACAAAGAUUUGUUAAGGGCGUGAAUGUUGUAUUUGGGGAUGAGUAUUUGAGAAAACCUAACAACAUUGAUGUUGAACAUCUUUUACAAAUGGGUGAGUCACGUGGCUUUCCAGGUUCAAACAAUGACAUUAAUGUGCUAAACCAAUCCAACGUGUUUAACGAUAUUUUGGAAGGACGUGUUCCCAAUGUGCAAUAUACAAUCAAUGGGACACCAUAUAAUAUGGGAUAUUAUUUAGCAUAUGGUAUAUAUCCUGAGUGGGCUACAUUUGUCAAGACCGUUUCAAUGCCACAAGGAGAAAAGAAAAAAUUAUUUGCUCAACAUCAAGAAUCGGCUAGAAAAGAUGUGGAGCGGGCAUUUGGAGUGCUUCAAUCUCGAUUUGCAGUUAUACGUGGCCCAGCGCGUGCUUGGCACAUGGACACCAUUAAGCAUACUAUAUAUGCCUGCAUCAUAUUACACAACAUGAUUGUGGAAGACGAACGACAUACAUAUGGAGGUAAUUUUGAUUACUCUUAUGAUAACGUGGAUAUCAACAACUCAACAACCGAAACAUUUAGCGGUCCUCAUCCGAAUCUUACAACAAGACUACAAAGAAGAGCAAGUAUUCGUGAAAAACAAGUCCAUCGUCAACUUCAAGGAGAUCUAGUCGAGUAUAUUUGGGAACGUUUUGGACAUGAAGAUGAUGAAAUUUAA